UGGAGCCGUGGACGCGCCGGCUUUGAGCAUCUCUGGACGGCUAGGCGUGAGGCCUGGCGCCACGGCUAUCGCGGCCGCGGCUCGGUCUCACCUCGACAUGGCCAGCUCCGGAGAGGACAUGUCCAGCGACGGCGACGUGCCCCCUGCAGCAGCCGAGACGGCGGGCAGCGCCCACCUGCUGGGCUUCUCCGACGAGAUCCUCCUGCACAUCCUGAGCCAUAUCCCCAGCACAGACUUGGUGGUGAACGUCCGGCGCACCUGCCGGAAGCUCGCAGAGCUGUGCCUGGACAAGAGCCUCACCCACACUGUGCUGCUGCAGAAGGACUACGAGGCGAGCGAGGACAAGGUGAAACAGCUGGUGAAGGAGAUCGGCCGGGAGAUCCAGCAGCUCAACAUGGCCGGCUGCUAUUGGCUGUCGGGCUCCACCAUCGAGCACGUGGCGCGCUGCCGCAGCCUGGUGAAGGUGAACCUCUCCGGCUGCCACCUGACCUCCCUGCGCCUGUCCAAGAUGCUGUCGGCUCUGCAGCACCUGCGCUCCCUGGCCAUCGACGUGAGCCCUGGCUUCGACGCCAGCCAGCUGAGUGGUGAAUGCAAGGCCACUCUGAGCCGUGUGCGGGAGCUCAAGCAGACACUGUUCACACCCUCGUACGGCGUGGUGCCCUGCUGCACCAGCCUCGAGAAGCUGCUGCUCUACUUUGAGAUCCUGGACCGCACGCGCGAGGGCGCCAUCCUCUCGGGCCAGCUCAUGGUGGGCCAGAGCAACGUGCCCCACUACCAGAACCUGCGGGUCUUCUACGCCCGCCUGGCGCCUGGCUACAUCAACCAGGAGGUGGUGCGGCUCUACCUGGCCGUGCUCAGCGACCGCACGCCGGAGAACCUGCAUGCCUUCCUCAUCUCUGUGCCCGGCAGCUUCGCCGAGAGCGGGGCCACCAAGAACCUCCUGGACUCCAUGGCACGCAACGUCGCGCUCGACGCCCUGCAGCUGCCCCGGUCUUGGCUCAAUGGCUCGUCCCUCCUCCAGCACAUGAAGUUCAACAACCCCUUUUACUUCAGCUUCAGCCGGUGCACCUUGUCCGGCGGCCACCUGAUCCAGCGCAUCAUCAAUGGUGGCAAGGACCUCCGCAGCCUGGCCAGCCUGAACCUCAGCGGCUGUGUCCACUGCCUGUCCCCGGACUCGCUGCUGCGCAAGGCGGAGGACGACAUCGACAGUGGCAUCCUGGAGACGCUGGUGGCGGCUUGCUGCAACCUGCGGCACCUCAACCUCUCGGCCGCCCACCACCACAGUUCCGAGGGCCCCGGCAGGCACCUGUGCCAGCUGCUGGCCCGGCUGUGCCACCUGCGCUCCCUGUCCCUGCCCGUCUGCUCCGUGGCUGACUCGGCGCCGCGGGCCGACUGCAAGCCCGCCCAGCCCGCCAUGCACGCCGUGCCCUGCGGCUUCGGCAAGAAGGUCCGCAUCGGUGUGCAGACCUGCCCCAGCCCCUUCUCGGGGCAGGCGGGCCCCCAGCCUUCCUCCGUGUUCUGGUCUCUGCUGAAGAGCCUGCCCUUCCUGGAACGCCUCGAGCUGAUCGGGUCCAACUUCUCCUCUGCCAUGCCACGCAACGAGCCCGCGAUCCGCAACUCCCUCCCGCCCUGCAGCCGGGCGCAGAACGUUGGGGACGCGGAAGUGGCUGCCAUUGGCCAGCUGGCCUUCCUGAGGCACCUGACGCUGGCCCAGCUGCCCAGCAUUCUGACGGGCUCCGGACUGGUCAGCAUCGGCCUGCAGUGCCAGCAGCUCCAGUCCCUCUCGCUGGCCAACCUGGGCGUGAUGGGGAAGGUGGUCUACAUGUCUGCCCUCUCGGACAUGCUGAAGCACUGCAAGCGGCUGAAGGACCUCAGGCUGGAGCAGCCCUACUUCAGCGCCAAUGCGCAGUUCUUCCAGGCGCUGAGCCAGUGCUCCGCGCUGCAGCGCCUGUGCCUGGUCUCCCGCAGCGGCACCCUCCAGCCCGAGGCCGUGCUCGCCUUCGUGGCCCGCUGCCUGCACCUCGUCGUGUGCCACCUGUUCACCGGGGAGUCCCUGGCCACCUGCAAGAGCCUGCAGCAGACCCUCCUCCGAAGUUUCCAGGCCGAGCGGCCCGCGCUGAACGUCGUCAUCUUCCCCCUGCUCCACGAGGGCCUGACUGACGUCAUCCGGGAUGUCCCCAUGGUGCACCUGGACGAGAUCACCUUAUUUAAAAGCAGAGUGGCUGAGGAGCCGCCGAAUCUGUGGUGGUGA